AGAGAAAUGGAUCAGACAAUUCAACACUGGAGUCACCAACAACAUCCUUUGCUCCUAAUUAGAAAGGAUGACCAACAAGGACAGCCAACAUCCUUUACUUGCGGAAUAUGUAAACAGUGGGCCGAGGCUUAUACUUACUACGCUUGUGAUCCGUGCAAAUUUUAUGUCCACAAAUCUUGUGCUGAGUUGCCUCAUCAAAUCAACCACCCCUUUCAUCCUUCCCACGGCCUUCUCACUUUAUGUGUUCGCGAAAACUUUUAUUGCUACUCUUGUCACCAAUCAUUCACAAAUACCCUCUGUUUUACAUGUGGUCAAUGCAAUUUUAAAAUGGAUUUGGCAUGUGCUUUGAUGCCCCCCAUAUCAUGUGAAGACCAAGACCACAUUCAGCAUUUCACUCAUCAACACCCGAUGCCACUUGUUAAGGCCGACGACAAUUGCUUUGUAUGUCACUUAACAUGCUCAUCACUUACGGCUUAUGGCUGCACAAAAUGUAAGCACUUCCUUCAUAAAUCUUGUGCUGAGUUGCCGCUGGAAAUCCAACAUUCUGUCCAUCCAAACCACGGCCUUCUCACCCUCGUUGUUACGCAUGACUAUUUCACAUGCAGUUUAUGUGAAAAGAGAGAUAGGCAGACUUUGUUUUUUAAAUGUCAUAGCUGUAGCUUUCAGUUGUGUGUGAAAUGUGGUACGACGGUGAAAGGAAUCAAUAGCAUUAGGUACCAAGACCAUGAGCACCUUCUUUGUUUUUUGGAAGAGAACCCAUACACUGAACUUGGUCCUUGCAAUGGUUAUGAUGCCUAUUGUAGACACCCAGUUCUCUCAAAUAGCAUUGAACUUUCUCAUACCCAGUGUUCUAUAUUCCAUUGUUUGGAUUGUGAUUUCAAAGUGCACUUGCUAUGUGGUCCGUUACCAUCAAUCAUUAAAUUCAAGUACCAUGUAGACCCCCUCAUCCUUGUGGAUUCGUUCGAGGAAGACGAUUCGGGUGAAUAUUAUUGUGAUGUUUGCGAAAGUGAAAGGGAUCCAAGGAUUCGGAUUUAUUAUUGUCAAGAGUGUAAAUUUUUUGCUCAUGUGCACUGCUUGAUUUCUGAGAUUGUAAAUGUGCUAAAGGGAGACCUUACAGCUGUGGAGCUGAAGACAUGUGGAACAAAUCUGUGGAUCUCCGAAGAAAUGAAUGUGGGAGAGGAAGAGCAGGCCAAGUCUUCCAUGACCUUUAAAGAAUUACUUGAUAAAAUACCAGGCCAUGAGCUAAGUUGGUUCAAGGUGGAUUUCGAAUGGGAUACAUCAUCUCAUGAUCAGGAGAAUAAGCAGGGACAAGGAGUUAGCAGCCAAAGGACUAGUGAUCAACUUGAUCUUAGGGAUGAGUAUAUUGACGAGCUUCUACGACUUUCCCGUUUUACCGCGGACGAUUUUAGCAGUUUCUCAUACUCACUUAGGAGAAACUUUUACAGAAGAAAGUUGAAAAUAAACGUUAGCGACUUAGCAUUAAAGAUUGUUGAAGUUAAAGGUUACAAGGUACCUUUUACUUUGGCCCCUGUUUUGAAAAUCUUACUUCGCAAAACUGAUGAAGGUAUUUUUCGGUUUUCUGAGUCAUCAACAGAAAUGAAGAGCAUUGCCGUUUCCUUUUUAUGUAAGGUGGUGAAGCAAUUGCGCAGUACCAUGGUCCAAGACAUCACUCACGAUCUUCUUCAAGAUUGGUAUUUCUACGUGGAAUUCGCUUAUUGGAGGGUCGACUUUGAAGUUGAUUUUCUAAAGCAAUCUCUACAGAAGAUCACAAAAGCCUUUUUUAAUUCUCAAUUAAAAAAACUCCAAGUGGACGUCCCUAAAACAAUAAAGCAAAAACUUGAUGACUUCAAAAAUAAACUUGAGAAAUGUGAGAAAUUUCUUGAGACUUCUCCAGAUCCGACAUUCACAAAAGCGUGCUUGGAUGAGGCUGCAAAGUUGGAGUGGAAAACUGCAAGCGAAUUUCUAAAGUUGUCUUGAUGUGCCCUUAAUUUGUUUCGUAUAGUAAUGAGAAUUGGGAUAAUGUUGUUGAUUUUACAUAA